UUGUAUUUCAUUUUAAAGAAGUAUAAAGUUCUUUUUGUUUUAAAUUUUAAUAAUGGAUAAAUUCGAAACAACUUGUCGCACUUGUAAUUCCAUUCGUACAAAUUUGAUAAGUCUAUAUUCAAAUUCACCAUCAAAUGACACCAUUAAGCUCUGCGAUGUUCUCUGCUUAGUUUGUCCAUCGCUAUCGAUUCAAAAUAACGAUAAACUUCCCCAAAAGAUUUGUUUCUUUUGCUCCAAACAAUUGGAAAUCGCUUAUAAAUUUCAACUCCAAUGCAAAAAAUCCAAUGAAGAUCUUUGGAAAGUUGUAAAGGAAACCAUAAAAGAGGAACCUCCCCAGUCAGAGAAAGAAGACGAUGUUCAGUUCUCGGAAGAUGAUGAACAAACGGACACCAACAACGAUGACAUGCCAGGCACUACGGAAGAUGUUUUCGAGGAUGCCACAACAGUCAAUGGAAGUCCAGAAUUCUUAGAAGAUGACGAUGUUGAUGAGGAUAUGGAAAUUCUUCCUCAAGAAGAAGCAAUUCCAGUCGAUAAAAUUGUACAAUCUGAUGCAGAUCUUGAUGAGGCAUCUUUUGAUUGUAGUAUCUGUUCCAAAAAGUAUUUAACCGUCAGCGGUUUGUCUAUGCACAUGAAAAUAGCUCACAAAAAUCAUAAACCACAGCAAAUAGAAACGUUCCCAUGCAUCAACUGCGAUCAAGUGUUUGAAAGCAAAGACAAAGAGAAAGAUCAUUUUCGAUCAGAGCACCGAAAUGAUUAUAAAAGUGAAGUAACUUGUUCCAUUUGUCAAAAGACAUUCCUCGGCAAAAGUAAAUUGGAACAUCAUUUACUUUAUCAUGAGAAGAAUCAGUUUCAGUGCAUCGUAAAGGAAUGCAAACGAACAUUCAACAUUAAAUACAAAGUUACUGAUCAUCUGAAGCGUUUCCAUGGAAUCAUUCUCACAACAAGUCAAUCAAAAGCAUUGAAACCGAUGCCGAUUAAAGAACUGUAACACGAACGGACUCAUUAAAACUUAAACACAAAUUAGUUGAUUAGAUUAAGGUUUUAAGCUUAGUGCUUAAAUGACAAAUAAUUCAUUAAUUUAAGUUAAUAAAUAUAAAUUACAAGAUAUAUGCAGGUAGAGAGACUGGGAGUGGUCUGUUUUAAAUUCUUUAAAGGUUAUAGUUAAGUUAUAGAUAUAUUUAAAAUUAUGUCAUAAA